GGCACUCUCAGAGGAGGAAGAAGCGGAUCUCCUCCUCAUUCAUCACCUCCUCCUCCUCCUCCUCAUCUGUGCGUCUCUGCGCCGACAUGAGAAGGCACCGGGAGCCCUCCGUCGUCCUCCGCAUGCCAGGUCGGGACGCUUUUGACCAUUGGCUUUUUGGGUUCGCGGGGGAUUCAGAGUGAAGGCGGUUCUUCUCGAGCUGGUCCCACCCUCCCUGCUGAGAACGGGGGCAUCUGGUCCUGCUCUCUGCGGAACUCGGAAGAUGAUUUAGUCCGCCGCUUGCUUCUGCCUCGACUCUUGUUUGUCGGCCGCGGAACCUGGAGAAGCAGACGGCGCUUGCGAUGGCACUCGCUGAAGCAGAACCGGGAGCGGAGUACCCGGAGAGCCCCCCCGCCGGGCAGAGGGCCACCUGGGUGCUGUGGUCCUUCGGAAAGACCUUGGGGGCGCUGGUUCCGGUCUACUUGGCCGGCUACUACGGCCUGAACAUCAGCCUGGUGCUGUUUGGACUGAUGAUCUACAUGGGCUGGAAGCACAGUCGCUUGGAGAAAACGAUGAGGAUCCGCUCCUCCAUGUUCCUGCUGGACAACGAGAGAGAGUUCACCACCGAGAGGGUGUACAGGUCCAAGCGGGACCUGCCCCCCUGGGUCACCUUUCCUGAUGUGGAAAAAGCAGAAUGGAUAAACAAGAUCCUGCAGCAGGCCUGGCCUUUUUUGGGUCAGUACCUGGAGAAGCUGCUGCUGGAGACGGUCGCCCCAUCCAUCCGAGCCUCCAGCAUCCACCUGCAGACCCUCAGCUUCACCAAGGUCAACCUGGGCGAGAAGGCGCUCAAGAUCGUCGGUGUGAAGGCGUACACCGAGCAAGACAAGAGGCAAGUGAUGCUGGACCUGUGUGUCAGCUACGCGGGCGACGUGGAGAUCAACGUUGAGAUCAAGAAGUACUUUUGUAAAGCUGGCGUCAAGGGAAUCCAGCUGCACGGGAAGCUGCGUGUGAUCCUGGAGCCGCUGAUCGGGGACCUGCCGCUGGUGGGAGCCAUCACCAUGUUCUUCAUCCGCCGGCCGAGGCUGGACAUCAACUGGACGGGCCUGACCAACCUGCUGGACAUUCCGGGCCUCCAUGCGAUGUCGGACACGAUGAUAAUGGACGCUAUAGCCUCCUACCUGGUGCUCCCCAACCGUCUCACUAUCCCCCUGGUGGCUGACCUGCAGGUUGCUCAGCUGCGCUCCCCCCUCCCACGGGGAGUCGUGCGCAUCCACCUGCUGGAGGCUGAAGACCUGUGCGCCAAGGACACCGUCAUCAAGGGCUUGAUCGAGGGCAAGUCCGACCCCUACGCUGUGCUGCGAGUGGGAACGCAGAUCUUCACCUCUCACACUGUGGACAGCAACCUGAACCCUCAGUGGAGGGAGCUGUACGAGGUGAUUGUCCAUGAAGUGCCUGGUCAGGAGUUGGAGGUGGAAGUGUUUGACAAAGACCCAGACCAGGAUGACUUCCUGGGCAGGGUCAAAGUGGACUUUGAUCACGUGAAGACGGCCCGAGUCGUGGAUGAUUGGUUCGACCUGAAGGACGUCCCGUCCGGCAGCGUCCACCUGAGGCUGGAGUGGCUGUCGCUGCUGUCGUCUGCAGACAGACUCACGGAGGUGAUCCAGAAGAACCAGAACCUGGGCAGCAAAACGGCCGAACCCCCGUCUGCCGCCAUCUUGGCCGUCUACCUAGAUCAAGCUCAGGCCUUGCCGCUGAGGAAAGGGAACAAGGAGCCGAGCCCCAUGGUCCAGAUCUCCAUCCAGGACUCCACCAAAGAAAGCAAGACCUGCUAUGGCAACCACAACCCAGCCUGGAAGGACGCCUUCACCUUCUUCAUCCAGGACCCCAGCAACCAAGACAUCGACGUCCAGGUGAAGGACGACGACCGGGCGUCCUCUCUGGGGACCCUCAGGAUCCCCCUGACCCACAUCUUGCGGGCUCCCGACCUGACCCUGGACCAGUGGUUCCAGCUGGAAAACUCUGCUCCUGCCAGCAGGAUCUCCUUCAAAAUCGUGCUGCGGGUUCUGUGGCUGAACGAUGACACCAGUCACCAGUCAACGCCGUUCCCCUCUGGUCCUCUGGCUCCGGGCUCAGUGCCGGGUGAAGCAGGAAUCACUUCUGAGCGAAAUCCCGUGGCUGCGGGUGGAUUAGCCAAACCAGCGGCCUCACGGCCGCAGCAGACCACUCCAGACCCUGAGUUUGCUUCUGAGGGCGUCCUGCGCAUCCACCUCCUGGAGGCCCAGAACCUGAUCGCCAAGGACAACUUCAUGGGGGGGAUAGUGAAGGGGAAGAGCGACCCCUACGUGAAGAUCAAGGUGGCUGGGAUCACGUUCCGCAGCCACACCAUCAAAGAGAACCUCAACCCCGUCUGGAAUGAGCUUUACGAGGUGAUCUUGACGCAGCUGCCUGGUCAGGAGGUCCAGUUUGAGCUCUUUGACAAAGACCUGGACCAGGACGACUUCCUGGGACGGUUCAAGCUCAGCCUGCGUGACAUCAUCAGUGCCCAGUUGGUCGACACGUGGUUCACUCUGAACGAUGUCAAGUCCGGCCGGCUCCAUCUGAUCCUGGAGUGGCUUCCUCGAGUGUCGGACCUCCUCCGACUGGAGCAGGUCCUCCACUUCCAGACCCAGCAGUCGUACCAGAACAAGACGGUGCCCUCGGCGGCGGUUCUCUUUGUCUAUGUGGAGCGGGCUCACGGUCUCCCGCUGAAGAAGAACGGGAAGGAGCCGAAAGUGGGUGCUGAGGUCACCGUGAAGAACGUGUCACUCAAGACAAAGGUGAGCGAGCGCUCCACCUCCCCACGAUGGGACGAAGCGUUUCACUUUCUGGUGCGGGACCCCAGAGACCAGACGCUCACGGUCAAGCUGUCGCACAGUUGGGCUCAGGCUCUGGGCUCCCUGGCUCUUCCUCUGAGGGAGGUGAUGACGGAGGCGGGCUUGGUUCUGGACCGCUGGCUGCCUCUGGAGGGGGCGCUGCCCGAGAGCCAGAUACUGCUGCGAGCCACGCUGAAGAUCCUGGACACGCAGCUGGCCAAGUGUCGUGAGGAGACCAUCAUCCCCCGCUGGGACCCGUCACAUCUUGACAUCCGACGCAGGAGCGCUUUCCCCAUUGUGUGCAGGGCCACGGACUCGGUGGCUCAGGUGAAGCUGACCAUCAGCUACUCGCUGGAGGAGGCGCGGCUGUUGGUCACCGUCCACUCCUGCAGAGCUCUGGCCGCCUGCUCCAAAGAUGGUGCUGACCCGUAUGUGACCCUCAUCCUGCUGCCUGACAAGAAGGCCACCACCAAGAGGAAAACCUCCACCAAGAAGAGGGACCUGAACCCUGAGUUCAACGAGCGGUUUGACUUUGACUUGUCUUUGGAGGAGGCAUCUCAGAGGAAACUGGACCUGGCGGUGAAGAACAGCGUCUCCUUCAUGAGCCGGGAGAGAGAGAUGAUGGGAAAGCUGCAGCUGGACCUGGACCAACUGGACCUCAAGUCUGGAGUCACACAAUGGUUCGACCUGAUGCCGGAGAGCAACUAGAACGGCUUGCUGCCACGCUGCUCAGCAUCGCUUCUGUGAUUGUUGCUUUCAUGGAUCCAGCCAACAUCUCAUCGCUGCCGUGUCCCACAGCGUGUGUGUGCAUGUCGUGGAGCUGAGCUCACUCAGUGUUCUGGUUUCAACUCCGGUGGGUGAGGUGAGCGGCUGUUGACCAGUCCCAAUCCCCGGGUUCGUGGAGAGAACCGCAGGUCGCUCCUGACAGCCCGUGUCCAGCCGGAGCAGGCGUGGAGCCGCCCAUGCUGUUGCAGAGCCUCCAGAGACGUGGACUCGACCGGAAGGAGCCCUCCAAUGGGACCAACUCUUGUCUGGUCUUUUAGAGUUUGUGUCCUGCCCGGGUGAUUCAUGCUGCCAUUUCCAUGGCGUCGCUGCAUGAUGCUGAGUAAAAAUCACCGUGCCACCUGCUGUC